UCCCCCUGAGCGUGUUUUCAUAAACAAACCCGAUUUUUCAUCCGUCCGCGGUGCAAUUAGUCACGAACCUGACAAAGUGCCAGCAUUGUCGAACUUCCCCCUCUUUUUUUUUUUAACCAAGAACUAUUUUGGGACAACUAUCACAUUUGACAAAGAAACGCGGCAACGCGUGUCAAAAACGAAUGCUGUCUGUAUUGUCUUUAGACGUCAACGCGUGGUCGACUGCUCUUGUGAGCUUCGGCGCUUCGUACCCUUUACAGUCAAAUAUUUUUGUUGGUGGUGGUUUUUUUCGGCUGUCAGUCACAUUGGUCCACCUUGUGUAAGCAGACAGAAGUCCUGACAUCAGGAGAUAUGGUGAAGCUGACAAAAGCCAAGACAUUCCAGGCUUACCUGGACUCCUGCCACCGCCGCUACAGCUGUGUGCACUGCCGCGCUCAUCUGGCCAACCAUGACGAUCUAAUCUCAAAGUCGUUCCAAGGUAGUCAAGGCAGAGCUUACCUCUUCAACUCUGUAGUGAACAUCGGCUGCGGUCCGGCAGAGGAAAGGCUGCUGCUAACGGGGCUUCAUGCGGUGGCUGACAUCUAUUGUGAAAACUGUCACACCACCCUGGGCUGGAAAUAUGAACAAGCCUUUGAACUGAGUCAGAAGUACAAGGAAGGGAAAUACAUCAUUGAGCUCUCCCACAUGAUCAAAGACAACGGCUGGGACUGAGAGGGGAAAUCUCCUUUGUGUUCCAUGACUUUUUUUUUCAAAGUUGCAUCCCUUCGUUCUUAGCAGGGUUCCAGUGUAGCUUCCUUCAUCCCCGCGUUCGAGCCGUCGCCGUGCCACACUUGUACUCGCUAUGGCUUUGCCAUGACUAGCAUGCGAUGCCUUACCUUCCUCCUUUCUUCGUGCGUUUUCCAGCAGCCACAGCGAAGUUUCUGAAAUCGCUAGUUACGCUACGGGCAGGUUUGAGUGAAUGUCGGGUUUGUGUGCUGAAUAACUCAGUGGCACGUGUGUGGAUAUUGGAUUUUUGAGUGAUGAACCGCUUAUCACUGAUCAAUAAGCAAGACUUGCUAGGUGGGAGCAAGGACAGUCAGUGCAAGUCAAACAAUAACCUUGCGCUGGUGUCCCACCGCCCUUUCCAAGUUUAGAAUUCUAGUUUAGUUCUAUCGGGCCACAAUAGUUUAUGGAAAUGAACUGAUGAAGCAGUGGAGAUUUUUUUUUUUUUUCUGAUCAUGGUCAAUUGGUUAUGAAAAAUCUCUGUUUUUAAAUGAAGAUCAGACACAAGUUGUUGAAUUAGUAAUGGUAAACAUUCCCACACACAUGCCCUGCAAGUUAUUUUUAAUCUGAAUUACUGCUUGGUACAGAAGAUAUGCGAGUGUUUUGAGUGUAUUAGUUCAUUCAGCUCUGUGGGGAAAUUUGGAGUCCAAAGAGCACACAUUUAGUUAAUGUGUCUGGCACGUUGCUAUUUCUUCAAUGCUUGAUUUUGAUUAUUCAAUUUUGAGUAGAGGUGUCCUCGCUGGGACGUAAUUUCAAGUUUGUGUUUGCGGAGUAUGCCUGGACUUUGCCCUGCACAAUUAGGAUAUCCACGACUUGCUGACAUUCUUGAGAUAUCGCCUCCGUGUUUGUGUGUAGUGUAACAAUGAGAGGCUUUUUUGCAGCUCCAUUUACUCAAUCAUUUUUGAGCAAUGUGUGAAUUAUGUAGCAUAUUUAUGGUAAUUUUUUUGUCUGCUUCUUUUCAUUAAAAUAUAAUUUUAUUAUCUUUCAUUAAAAUACAGGGCGUCUGUAA